CAACGGGACUUGUCAUGUUCGGCACCGCCGUGGUGUUUAUAAGUUCUCGCCUUCCCCAGGCUACUUCAUUCUGACUACGACAAGUGCACAGAGACGAUGGAGAUUUCCGCUGCUAUCCCGAUCUUUCAACACACGCCCUUUGCUUGCCACCCCUUCGGGCAAGUGUCGCUGCAUGGCCGCCUGUCGCCUUGGCCCUGCCCGCCACCGGCGUGCUUCUACCCGGGCCUGUCUCCUCUUGUGAAGCCUAGCGAGCUUCCCGUCUUCUACCCCAGGAUUAACUUCGGUCUCCCCGCCUCCAGUGAAAAGAAGUCCCCGCUAACCGACAGAGUCGAUCGCGAGUCCUUCGGACCCAUCCCCGGGCUCCUCCCGACGGCCAGGGACCGACGCGUCCAAAACAGUCCCCCGGGCUCCGACAGGACGUCCCCCCGGGUACCGUCCACGUCGCCAUCGCUGGAGAAGUCCGUGAGUGACCGAGCCGAGUCCUGGCUGACCAAGACCUUGACCAACGUCAAGUCCGUGUCCGGAGAAGUGGACAUCAGCAGCAGCGGCAAGAGGAAGAGACCAGAGAAGAAGUUCCCCUGUCCGUUCUGUACGGUGUGCUGCGCCAACAACGGACAGCUGAAAGGGCACUUACGCGUACAUACCGGCGAGCGGCCGUACCCUUGUGACCACCCCGGCUGCGGACGCGCCUUCGCCCGGAACGAGGAGCUGACCAGACACCGCCGGAUCCACACCGGGGUCCGCCCCUACCCCUGCACGGAGUGCGGCAAGGCCUUCAGCCGUAAGGACCACCUCACCAAGCACGCCAAGACGCACCUGAAAGGCGCCGAAAGGAGGGCGCUUCUGCAACGGGACUCAAUCUGCAAGAGGGCGCUUUUGAUUCAGAGGCCCACCUAAAAACUCUCCUGAACUUGAACAUUCGGACGGCUCUUACCACAUGCCAUUGAUGUGAUUAAGUAACUGUCUUCUUCUGUAAUUGCGCCUCAUAAAAUGAAGGUGUACCAGAAAAGGCCGGAUUGAAUUUUGUUCGCGAGGAUUGAAUUUUAGAGUGUUCGCGGUGGUUUUACGGUAUGGGCGGGCGGAGAACUUGCAAACCGCGUUUACUGUGAGAAACAACAGUUUUAUGUAUUUGAAUAUGUAUGUUGGUAUCUCAAAAGUUUAUAGGACCAACAAGCCUGUGCAAAGCUAAAGCGUUAGACAGAAAUAUUGUAGAGAAAGACAAGUGGAGAUUGUGUGCUACGUGCAUUCCCGGUUUCAAAAUACGCAAGCCGGCUUUCGUGUUUUCGAAAUGUAUAGCUCUAAAAGGGUUAUCUUUUGAAAAUGUCUCCGCGAUGGUUGAUAUGCGAAUGCUGGCAAAGCCAUGAACGGAAAUCAACUGUCCCAGUGUUUGUUUAUAUUUCUUGCAUUCAUACAACGAAUAUAGGAAUGUGUGUCUUGUCAAUUGUAUCAUGUUUGUCUUGUUACCAAAAUGUGCAAUAAACAUUUGUCUGAUAUUUUGUAAAA